AUGGGUACAUUGAUUGACCGUUUUGAAGAACAUGAAGGUUCCGUUCGUUCUGUUGAUUUCCAUCCAACACAACCACUUUUCGUUUCAGGUGGUGAUGAUUAUACUGUUAAAGUUUGGUCUUUAGACACUCGUAAAUGUUUAUUCACAUUGAAUGGUCAUCUGGAUUAUGUUAGAACUGUUUAUUUUCAUCAUGAUUUACCUUGGAUCAUUUCUGCUUCGGAUGAUCAAACUAUUAGAAUUUGGAACUGGCAAAAUCGUUCAGAAAUCGCUUGUUUAACAGGUCAUAAUCAUUAUGUUAUGAGUGCUCAAUUCCAUCCAUCUGAAGAUUUAAUUGUUUCUGCUUCAUUAGAUCAAACAGUUAGAGUCUGGGAUAUUUCAGGUUUGAGACAAAAACAUUCAGCACCACAAAAUAAUUUCUAUGAAGAACAAUAUGGUCGUGCUAAUGCUCCACAACAAGAUAUUUUCGGUAACACUGAUGCUGUUGUCAAAUACAUUCUUGAAGGUCAUGAUAGAGGUGUCAAUUGGGCUUCAUUCCAUCCUCGUUUACCAUUGAUUGUUUCUGGUAGUGAUGAUCGUCAAGUCAAAUUAUGGAGAAUGAGUGAAACCAAAGCUUGGGAAGUUGAUACUUGUAGAGGUCAUACCAACAAUGUUCUGAGUGUUACAUUCCAUCCUCAUCAAGAUUUGAUUAUUUCUGUUGGUGAAGAUAAAACAAUUAGAGUUUGGGAUUUGAACAAACGUACACCAGUUAAACAAUUCAAGAGAGAUCAUGAUAGAUUCUGGUUAAUUGCAUCACAUCCACAUAUUAACUUGUUUGCAACUUGUCAUGAUUCAGGUGUCAUGGUUUUCAAAUUAGAUCGUGAACGUCCAGCUCAUUCUAUUUUCCAAAAUCAAUUGUACUAUAUUAACAAUGAUAGACAAGUUCAAAUAUUUGAUUAUGAUAGACAAGUUUCUUCUUUACCAACAUUAUCAUUGAAAAAGAUUGGUAAUACUUGGAAUAACUUAAGAACUUUAUCAUAUAAUCCAAGUUCUCGUUCAAUCUUAGUUACAACUGGUGAUCAAUAUGCUUUAAUUGGUUUACCAAAAGAUAUUACUGGUGCUAUUGAACCACAAGAUUUGAAAUUGGGUGAAGGUAACAACGCUGUUUUCAUUGCUCGUAACAGAUUUGUUGUUUACUCAAAAGCCACUCAAAACUUGGAAGUUAAAGAUUUGGAUAAUUCAACCACAAAGGUCAUCAAAUUAGAUAGUUCUGUUAAAGAUGUUGUCUAUGGUGGUCCAGGUUCAGUUUUAUUAUUGAAAAAUAACUCUGUUGUUCAUUAUGAUGCUCAACAAAAGAAAGUCUUAGGUGAAGUUCAAGUCAACAAUGUCAAAUAUGUUUCAUGGUCAUUAGAUGGUCAAUAUAUUGCAUUAUUGAGUAAACACACAAUCACUAUUGUUAACAAGAAAUUAGAAGUUAUUACAUCAAUGCAUGAAACCAUUCGUAUUAAGAGUGCUGCUUGGGAAGAAACUGGUGUUUUAUUCUAUUCAACUUUAAACCAUAUCAAAUAUACUUUAUUAAAUGGUGAUAAUGGUAUUAUCAAAACUCUGGAAUCAACUUUAUAUAUUACUAAAGUUUCAGGUAGAGAUGUUUACACUUUAAACCGUAAUGGUGAAGUUGAAAUUGUUAAGAUUGAUAGCACUGAAUAUCGUUUCAAGAGAGCUUUAGUUAAUAAAAACUUUUAUGAAGUUUUACGUUUGAUUAGAACUUCAAAAUUAGUUGGUCAAAACAUUAUUGCUUAUUUGCAAAAAAGUGGAUACCCAGAAGUUGCUUUACAAUUCGUUCAAGAUCCUCAAACUAAAUUUGAAUUGGCUUUAGAAUGUGGUAAUUUAGAAGUUGCCUUACAAGAAGCCAAAACUUUAGACUCUGCUCAAAUUUGGGAAAAAUUAGGUGAAGAAGCUUUAAGACAAGGUAAUGGUUCAAUUGUUGAAUUAGUCUAUCAAACACAACAUCAAUUUGAUAAAUUAUCAUUCUUUUAUUUAAUCACUGGUGAUUUCAAUAAAUUGUCUAAAAUGGAAGCUAUUGCAGAACAACGUGGUGAUAUUGGUAGUUUGAUUCAAAACACCAUUUACAACAAUUCAACUGAAAAAAGAGCUAAUGUGUUUGCUCAAGCUGGUUCAUUACCAUUAGCUUAUGCUACCGCUAAAACCAAUGGUCAUGAUGAAUUAGCUGCUGCUAUUCUAGAACAAGCUGGUUUAAGUGAAGAUGAUAUUGAAUUACCAGAAGAUUUACAACCAGUUGAAAAUGCUAAGGCUGUUAACACUGGUGUAACAGAAUGGGCAUUAACAGAAGCUACUUUAUCAUACUUCGAAAAAGCUAUCUUAGGUCAACUUGAAGAUUUAGAUAUCAAUGAUCCAGUUGAAGAUGAAGAUGAAGUUGCUAAUGCCUCCGUCGCAAAAGAUUCUAAUACUUUUGAUGAACCAUUAUUUGAUGAUGAAAACAUUGGUGAAGAUGAUGGUGGUUGGGAUAUGGGUGAUGAAGACUUUGAAGUUGAUGUUGAAGAAGAAGAAGCUCUUGAAGUUGAAGAAGGUUCAGUUCCACCUGGUGAACUAUCACACUGGUUGCGUAAUUCAAAAGUUGCUGCUGGUUAUGCUGCUGCUGGUGCAUUUGAUACCGCUGCUCAAAUAUUAAACAGACAAGUUGGUGUUGUUAAUUUCGAACCAUUGCGUCCACGUUUCUUACAAGUUUAUGAAGCUUCUAAAUUAGCAUUAACUGCUUCAGAUGAAUUACCACCAUUAAAAUCAUAUAUUCGUUCAGAUAUUGAAGAAGACAAUAUCAAUAAAGUGUUACCAUUCUUACCAGGAUUUGAAGAAAUUACUAAAACUGUUAAUGAAGGUUACAAAAACUUUAAAGCAAAUAAUUUAUCAGCUGCUAUUGAAUCAUUCCGUAAAGUGAUAUAUAUUAUUACAUUAAUUGCUGUUGAUAAUGAAGAAGAUGAGAAAAAAGCCACUGACGCUUUAAGUCUUGCUCGUGAAUAUAUUUUGGGUCUUUCAAUUGAAUUACAACGUCGUUCAUUACCAGCUGAAGAUAUUCAACGUGGCUUGGAAUUAGCUGCUUAUUUCACAAGAGCUAAAUUGAUUCCAGCUCAUAGAACCAAUGCAUUACAAGUUGCUAUGAAUCAAUCUUUCAAACAUAAGAAUUAUGCUUCUGCUUCAUACUUUGCAUCAGAAUUUUUAAAAUCAGGUGUUAGUGGACCACGUUUAGAACAAGCACAAAAGAUUAAAGCUAAAUCUGAUACAAUUGCUCGUGAUGCUAUUGAAAUUAAUUUUGAUCCAGAUGUUGAAUUUGAUAUUUGUGCUUCUACAUACACACCAAUUUAUAAAGGUUCACCAUCUGUUUCAGAAGCCUUGGUCGGUGCUAAAUAUCAACCAUCUGAAAAGGGUAAAGUUGAUAAGAUCACAUUGAUCACUAAAAUUGGUGCACCAGCUUCAGGUCAAUGUGGUAAUCAAGUUGGUCAACAAUUUUGGAAUCAACUAUGUAAAGAACACGGAAUUGGAGCAGAUGGUUUAAGCACAGUGGAAGGACUACGAGAAGAUGAAACAAAUGUGUUUUUCAAUAGUAAUGAUGAUAAAAGAUAUACACCAAGAGCGCUAUUAGUUGAUCUUGAACCAGGUGUUAUCUCAGAUAUCAAAUCCAAAACAGAUAAUCUUUUCAAUGAAAGAAAUAUACAUACUUCAAAUACUGGACUUGGAGCUGGUAAUAUUUGGUCAAAAGGUUAUGAUUAUGCAGAUAGUCAAAAUGAAUUAUUUUUAGAAAUGAUUGAUAGAGAAUUAGAUUCAUGUGAUAAUCUUGAAGCUUUCCAACUGAUACAUUCAGUUGCUGGUGGUACAGGUUCAGGUGUUGGAUCAUAUUUAUUAGAAGUUCUAUCAGAUAGAUAUAAUAAGAAACUUACCACAACCUAUUCAAUUUUCCCAGAAAGUGUUCAAUCUUCAGAUGUUGUUGUUCAACCUUAUAAUACAAUACUUACAUUGAAAAGAUUAAUUGAAUCCUCAAAUGCUAAUAUAGUGAUAGAAAAUAGUGCAUUAUUAAAUACAGCUAUGAAAACUUUUCAAAGUAAUAGUCCAACUAUUUUACAAACUAAUCAAUUAAUUGCUGCAGUUAUGUCAGGUGCUACAAAUACAUUAAGAUAUCCAAGUUAUAUGUAUAACUCAUUAACAAGUGUGAUUUCUACAAUAGUUCCAACACCAGAUUUACAUUUCAUUGUUCCAAGUUUUACACCAUUUACAUCAGAUUUUGUUACAGAUGCUAAACAAAUUAGAAAAAAUUCAGCUUAUGAUGUUAUACUAGAAUUAUUAGAUAAAAAAAUCAAGUUAAUUGAUAUUGAUGAUAGACACAAUAUGUAUAUAUCAAUUUUCAAUAUAAUUCAAGGAGAUUAUGAAAGAUUAGAUAUUCAAAAGGCAAUUAUAAAAGCUCAACAAAGAGCAAAAUUUGUACCAUGGAGUUCAUCAAGUAUUCAUAUUGCAAAUGGUAAAAAAUCUCAACAUUAUAAAACUUCAAAUUCAAAUUUUGUAAGUGGAUUAUCAUUACAAAAUACAUCAGGGAUUAUUUCAUUAUUAGGUAAAACUUGUAAACAAUUUGAUAAAAUUAUUAGAAGAAAUGCAUUUAUUGGUGGUUAUAAAGAUGGGAAAUUAUUUCAAAAUGGUAUUGAUGAAUUUCAAGAUUCAAGAGAAGUUGUUCAAAAUGUUAUUGAUGAAUAUAUAAGAGCUGAGACUGUAAGUUAUCUUGAUGAUGAUGUUGAAGAUGAAGAAAUUGCUUUAUAA